AUGGUCUCCUCUAGUUCGUACGCGGCGGCGCUGCUGUCUCUCUUCGCGGCCUCCGCCUCGGCCCUAAACUUUACGAUUGCCAACGGCCAGAUCUAUACACCCGGUCUGGUCAUCCUCGACGCCCCACAGCCCGGUACACCACUUGGAGGGGACAAUCUUCAUGUCGCGCUAGAUGUGUCGACGAACGGCAAGAUGCCGUUGCCGCCAUACGCCGCGGACAGCCCGACCAAGAUCUUCAACGUGACCAUGUUUUUGUCCAGCUACACCACCGGCCGCAACUUCACCAUCACCAACGGCACAGCGACUGCCAAUAAUGCCAGCCUGGGAGACAUCAUGUACCAGGAGCCUGGCAGUACAGUGAAGCACGUCAACUGGAUUUGGCCUGAUUGUCUUGUUGGCGACGGACAGCCUUCAUCAACUGACAGCGACCGUGGCGCGUACAACAUUUCAAUCCGCCAAAACUUCCGUCUCAACGGCGAAGACCACUACACCAUUUUUGACGUGCCCAUCUCUGUCACAAACAGCAUCCCCGCCAAGGACGGGCGCCCCGUGUGCGACACGUUGAACAACCCGCUUCUCACAGAACAGGAGAUCAACGCCACGGCCGCAAACGCUGUCGGUGUAUUGUUUGCCCCGGGAGACUCCACGCAGAUCGAGGUUAAAGCCGGCGACGGCAGUGAGAACGGACUCGGCGGUUCUCGGCCGGAGGCAAACCCCGGCAACGGUCUAGGAGCCGGCAGCACCCUGAGCUGGAGGGACGGGGCUCAUUGGUUGUGCUUGGUGAGCAUCGGUGCGGCGCUGAUGCUGUGA